AUGGUCGGGCGAGGGUGGGGUCAGAGGGCGCUCGAGGAGGAGAUCGUGGAGCCCCCGAAGUCGCCCGUGCGGAUGACCCGGGUGGGAGUUGUUGUUCUAGAUUCAUCUAUCGUGUACUUGCCCAUGCAUAACCUCCCCCUUGACUCCUGGAAGCCGUGCUGCGUGGACUGGCGCUCCAGCGGCGCUGUCACCGGCAUCAAGUUCCAAGGCACUUGCUCGUCAUGCUGGGCAUUCGCGGCCGUGGCCGCGAUCGAAGGCAUGAACAAGAUCAGGACCGGGGAGCUGGUGUCACUGUCGGAGCAGGUGCUCGUGGACUGCGACACCGGGAGCGGUGGCUGCAGCGGCGGCCGCUCGGACACCGCCCUGUCUCUCGUGGCCGCACGCGGCGGGAUGACGUCGGAGGAGAAGUACCCGUACAGCGGAGUCAAUGGAAAGUGCGACAUGGACAAGCUCCUGUUCGACCACCAAGCAUCCGUCAAGGGCUUCAAGGCCGUGCCGAUCAAUGACGAAUGCCAGCUGGCCCUCGCCGUAGCAAGGCAGCCCGUGACCGUGUACAUCGACGCCAGCGGAUUUGAGUUCCAGUUCUACUCCGGCGGUAUCUACCGCGGCCCCUGUUCCGCGGAUGCGACGCAAGUGAAUCACGCCGUCACCAUCGUCGGCUACUGCGAGGGGCCCGGCGAGGGGAACAAGUACUGGAUUGCCAAGAACUCGUGGAGCAACGACUGGGGUGACCAGGGAUACGUCUACCUCGCCAAGGACGUGCCCUGGUCAACGGGCACAUGUGGCCUCGCCACCUCACCCUUCUACCCAACAGCUUAACCACGGCUGCCAUCGAUCACAAGUAUGAUAUCUAUGGAGAUGUGAGGAAUUGUUUCCAUUUAGCUGCGAUAAUGCAAAAUAAAUUUGUA